AUGCAUUACACAGAUGAGCUGAUGGAAUCGGGACCCGAUUCGGUUUCGUAUCACAAUAUCGACUUCGCUAUGCAUAAGUACCUCUUAUUGCAGAACCAACACGAAGAGCUUCGGCAACAUAUGCACGAUCUCUGUCCUUCAUAUACGACGUCUUCUACUGCAGUUACUUCGCCUUCGGUCUCACCCACCAGGUCAUUUAUUGGUAGCCCAUCCCUUAAGCUCUCUCCUUCGCCCUCACGGAACCAUCGAAGGUCAUCGUUGUCCUCUAAUAGGAGCUCGGGAUACCGAGGCUCGCAGACUCAGCUAGAACCAGUGCUAGACGAAUCAUUGAUCGAGGAGAUGGCAGCAGGAGAACAGAAGCUCUUCGACGUGAAUGAGGGCCUCAAGAGGGCUCUGACGGAGCUUCUUAACUGCGAGACAGUGCGGAAGGACCAAGAAAUGAGAACUUGGGUGCAGACGCGAUUAAUGGACACGGAAAGAGAACUGCGUAGCGGACGAAGACGGCGAAGCCACGGUGGUUCUGAUUGA